AUGUCUCUUUACACCUCCUUCGCUGUUGCAGGCGCAGGCCCCACAAUCGGUGGCCGUAUCGUGAAGGCUCUGCUUGAGCGAGGUGCUUCAGUAGUUGCUCUUACUCGACCGUCGAGUGCAUCGACGUCAAGCCCACUCCUCGAGGGCGCUAAGAUCGUCACGGCUGACUAUGCUGACGUCAAAUCAGUUGCUUCCAUUCUUCGCGAGCAUAAAGUGGAGGUCGUGAUUUCUGCAUUGGCAUACGGCGCAUUGCCUUCGCAGUCUACUAUCGCCGAUGCUGCUAAGGAAGCUGGUGUGAAGCUUUUCGUUCCCUCUGAAUACGGCAUGCCCACGGAAGGAGGGAAGGGUGGUCACUUGGUGAUCAAAUCACAGUUUGCUGACCACCUGAAAUCGCUGGGCAUUCCUUCAUUGCGCAUCUAUAACGGAAUGUUCAUGGACUUCAUUCCAUGGCUUACCGCAGUCGGCGCCGGAAAGUUCUUGGUCAUGGGCAAGGGUGAUGCAUCUUUUUCUUCCACUUCAUUGGACGACGUUUCAGGUUUUAUUGCUCACGUUCUUACCUCCUUCCAACCGGCCAAACUCCAUGAUGCCACAUUCCGCAUCCAGGGGGAACGUACCUCCCUCAAUAAAAUUGGUGCCCUGUAUGCAUCCAAGAAUAUUCCGGUAGAGCACGUCACCUCCCUGCCCGAAGGAUACACCAAGCAGGUUUUUUUGCAAGGCAUGAUCGACCAGGGCCGGGCCAGCUCCGGGUGGGACAACUACGUCGACAAGGACGUCCUGGAGAAUGCUGAUAGUGGUAAUGCGGCAUGGCCUGGGCACCAUUGGAAGAGUGUCAAGGAGGUGUUGGGAUUGUAG